CGGAAGGAACAUGUUCAUUGCCGAUUGAUACCUGGAAUAUUGAACGAUUCUCACUAAAAUCGAGAUUAUCCAAACAAAUUUUCUUACGAGAGACUGCACUACACAGCUUCAGAUACACGCUGGACAUCAAGCCGAUAAAACCGGUAUCAUGAGGUCUCCACUUUUUGCUGUAUGCUUCUGUCUUUAUUCGCUCUAUGUUUCAGGAGCACCAGUAGAGAUCAAAGCAAAGGAUGAUAUUGAAGAGUUAGAUCUUUACAAACUUAAGCCUACGAGUGGAGAAAGAGGAACGUAUACAGAGCAACAGAAUAAAUCCAGCGACGAACAGUCACCGAGUCAAGUCAUCAUUGGAGAUGAAGUUAGAGAAGAAGAAAAAGAGAAUGCUGAGGAAGAGAGCUUAAACAGCUUACUUAGGACUGUGUUGAUCACACUGAGGGAUCAUCCUGAUAUUGUUAUGGAUAUCCUUCAAGACGAAGAAAGAAAGAAUAUGGACUUUCAGCGACCACCAGAACAGUUGGAUAUGGAGCCAAAGCGAGUUCAAAAGAAAGGAGGUGAAAUGUAUAAGGCCUUAGGAGAUUCAAGUGAAUCUUCAGAUUCAUCGGACGAAUCUCGGGAAAACUCGGAUUCACGUGAUGCGAGCUACUAUAAGAAUAAGUAUGACAAAUCUUCAAAAUCUUCUCAAGAUUCCGAAGAAAGUAGAGAAUUGGAUUUAGCUCAUUAUUAUAAACAGAAAUAUAGAAAAUCUGAAGAUGAUGACACAGGAAGUAGUGUCUCUAAUGAUGAAGAUGACAGGGAAGAAAAUAAAAAGUCAACAGUUCCUUUGGAUAAAAGAGUCCCCGAACAACCAGAGGAAACCAUAGAUAUUACGUCUCUUCCUGAUGGAAAUGACGUAGAUUUAACGGAUAUGAUUUCAGAGGGAGGACUGGAGGACCUGCCUGAGUAUAUAGAGUGGAAAAAUAAACUACCAAAGCCAAGCAAGUUACUUACUUCCGAUGGUUCCCUGAAUCUCGGGAAAAUUGCUCCUGGAUUCAUUCAGACAUCCACGAAACUUGAAGAGCAAAACACACAACCAAGAAGCAAGGCUUUAAAACCAGUCGUCACAGAGGCACAAAUGUCACAAAAUAGUGGCAAGGUGGACAAGGGAUCGUAUACAGAGAACAAAUCAGAGACGAACCAGACAAAUGAGAAAUCUUCCAUUGAUAAGUCAAAAGAUUCAUAACACCGUGCAGCGGGAAGAAAUUCUAAGAGUAUUUAUCGCGUCAAGAAGAAGGACACCUUUUGUUAUUUUUAGAAAAAAUUAUAUAAAUCACUCUUUAUCCAUAUCGGAAGAACAGCUUUUAUAUGAUUUACAUGUAAUGUCUGUUCUCUUUUGUUUGGUACUAUCUUUUUGCUAAUGAUAAAUGUUAUAAUAUGAGCUUGUAAUACGAUAUUGUUGUAUAAUUUUUGUUUAAUUGAACUAAAUUUAAAAAAAAAAAUGGUUUGAUAUCAUUAUGUUUGAUUUAGAAAUUAUUAU